AUGUUAUCUCGCUGGCUGGCUGUGGCGCUGGACGGACUUCUCGGCGUGCGUGUGGUGGACGCGGACGGCCGGCGCGUGGCGGCGCUGGUCGACGUGCUGCGCACCGCCACGGCGCCCACCUCGCUCAGCCUCGGCCCGGCCGGCCGGCUGCUCGCCACCACGCACGUGGACGACGCCGGCGUGUACCUCUGGGCCAACCGCACGCUGUUCGACUGGUCGCGCUGGGCGCACCUGCUCAGCGUGGACGCCAUCAGGAAACGGAACAAGCCGAAGGAGCCGCCCAAGGUGCCGAAGUCAGCGCCGUUCUUCCUGCCGACCGUGGCCGGCCUGGCGCCGAAGUUCGAUCUCUCCGCCGAGCCCACAGAUGGCGCGGACGAUUCGGCCCGGAUCCUGCACCUGGGCGCCUUGGCACCGAUCACCGAGCUGGGACGUCUGCUGCUGAAGGCUGAAACGGGCGAACCCGAACAUUACGACGCCGUCAUGGACCUGCUGAAGGGCAUGAGCCCGUGGCAGCUGGACUCGGAGCUGCGGCAGCUGGCGCCGGCGCCGGGCGGCUCUACCAAGCUGCUCCGGCUGUUCCUGGUCACAGUGCAGCGUCAGCUGGACACAGCGAGGGACUUCGAGCUGGCGCAGGCAUACCUCGGCCUCUUCCUCAAGCUGCACGGGCCGGCGAUCAGCGAGUGCGCCGAGCUGCGCGUCCUGCUGCAGGCGGUGGGCGAGAGCCAGGCGGAGUCGUGGCAGCGGCUGCAGGGCAGCAUCAGCGCCACCCUCUGCCUCGUCAGCUUCCUGCGCUCCUCCACGCUCGGCUAA